AUGUCUGAAUCGCAGCCAACAAGUAUUCAGUCUGAUGGGUUUCAAUGUCUACAACUUGUGGAAAAAGGUUGGACACCAGAAGUGGAGUUGAAACCAUAUGUAGGGCAAGUGUUUCCUUCGUAUGAUGAAGCUAUGGCGUUUUACAGAGAAUAUGCACGCAAUAGUGGGUUUGAAAUACGAAAGGCAACUACACAGCAGUCGAAAAAGGGAGAUGGUUAUUCACGUAGGAGGCUUACAUAUCAUCAUAAACAACUUGUACAUGAUGUUUCAGAUAUAAAUAUUGGUCCAGUUAGAGCAUUCAAAAUAUUGAAGCAAACACAAGGUGGAUUUGUCAAUGUAGGGGCAACGGAAGUUGAAUGCAAGAAUUUGAAAAGGGAUAUGAUAACAUAUAUUGGUGAGAGUGAUGCGGACAUGUUGGGUUCACAUAUGUCGAAGACGGGGGUGUUGAAAAGUUUAAACAGUCUGAUAUGGAAUGAACGAAUCAGUGCAAGCGACUUUGAUAUAGAAUGGCAAUCAAUAAUGGAUGAAUACGAUUUAAAUAGUAACAAUUGGUUUAACGAAAUGUUUGCAAUACCAGAUAAAUGGAUUCCUGCUUAUUUUCAGGAUUGCCACUUAUUAGGGUUAAUGCGAACGACAUCAAGAUCAGAAGGUGAGAAUUACUUCUACGGGUUGAUGACAAAUGCAGAUUUGCACUUAAUUGAGUUUGUCAGUCAUUUUGAAACGGCAAUGGAAGCACAACGUUUUGUUCAACGUAAAAACAAUCAUGACUCGCGUUACACGAAUCCUGAAAUUAUAACUAAACUGCUGAUUUAA